AUGUCACCUCCCAGCGGCUCCGAUAACAACAACAAUAACAACAACGACAAUGACGUCCCCAAACCCCUGGUCCAGGGCAGCGUCAUGCUCUCCGACGUCAUGGGCCGCGACCGCAGCAUGAACCUCUUUGCCGGCUUCGUGCGGGACAUUGCCGCAAUCAGCACGCGCCUCGACUCGGCGUCCCAGAACAGCACCGUCCUGGCGCCCCUCAACUCGGCCAUCGACUCCCUCCCGCGGAAGCCCUGGGAGGACGCCGCCGACUACGACAGGCUCGGCGCCAGCGCGUACGAGGGCGGCGAAGGUAGGGACCGCGCGGAGCGCAACCUGCGGCGCUUCGUCGAGGCGCAUGUCCUGCCGACGAGCCCCUGGCGCGAAGGGGAGAGGGUGCGGAGCCUGCUUUCUGCUGGUGGUAGCGGCGGCGGCGCAGACGACGAGGGCGGGUCUGGGGAUAGGGAAGUCUGGUGGGAGACGCGAGAUGGGAAAAGAGUGAUUUUCCCCGACGAAAUCGAGGUCUCAAGUAUCUCCAGCAGGGUAGGCAACGGCGAGGUAUGGAUCAUCAAAGGUGUGCGGAACUAUGCAGAGCCGUGA